ACGCGGUCCAUGGACUCGUCCGUCUCCGCUUGAAAUGGUCCAUUCAACGCGACCUAGACGCGUCUAAUCUCCCUCCCUUUCUCUUCGUUCUCUUUCUCUUGCGCUCACCAUGCUAGAAGCAAGACUCCAAGAAGCAGCACUCCUCAAGCGCCUCUUAGACUCUAUUAAAGAGUUGGUGACAGAUGCUAACUUUGAGUGCAAUGAGGAAGGAAUCCAUCUUCAAGCUAUGGAUAACUCCCAUGUAGCCCUCGUAGCCGUCAAGCUUGAAGCAACAGGUUUCAAAAAGUAUCGCUGUGACCGCCCCAUGCCUCUAGGUGUCAACCUCAACUCCCUCACCAAAGUCCUCAAAUGCGCCAAAGAUGACGAUAUCUGUAUCAUCAAGGCCUCCGAUGACGCAGACAUUCUGAACCUCGUCUACGAAGCAAGAAGUUCUGACCGAAUUGCGGAGUAUGAUAUGAAACUCAUGGAUAUCGACGCCGAGACGCUUGGGAUUCCAGAUACAGAGUACGAUGCACGAGUUACGAUGACCGCGUCGGAAUUUACGAGGAUUGUCCGAGAUUUGUCACAACUGGGCGAGUCCGUGCGGAUCGAAGUUUCGAAGGAAGGUGUCCGUUUUGCAAGUGAAGGCGAGGCUGCGAACGGUAGCGUACUGUUGAAGCAAACGGAGGCUGCCCGGGAGAAGUAUGCCAACUAUGGCAAGGAUGACGAAGAGCCCAAGGAGGAAGAUGACGACGAUGAAGAAGAAGGGAGUAGCAGUAAGAAGAAGGUCAAGAAAGAAAAGAAAGUGAAGAAGGAAGAUGGUGACGUCGAGAUGGAGGGCGAGGAAGAGGAUGAGGACGAGGAAGAGUUCAAAGCCAAGUCGGAUGAUGAAGGCGAGGAAGAGCAGGACGAGGAGGAAAAUGAGAAGAGUAGCAAGAAACGCAAGAAAGCACCCGCAAAGACCAACGGCAAGCCCGCCAAGAAAGUGAAGAAGUCGGACGAGACUCCAACAGAUGGAGGGGUGCUCAUUGAGAUGAAUCAACACGUGUCGUUGACGUUCAGCUUGAAAUACCUCGUCAACUUCUCAAAGAGCUCAGCACUAUCAAACACGGUACAGCUCAUGAUGAGCAACGACGUGCCACUUCUUGUGUCUUACAAGUUCGGACAAGGCGAGAUCAAGUACUACCUCGCACCAAAAAUCGGCGAGGAAUAAACGUACUCUCAAUGUAUAUCACUCAUCCUGUAUCUAUCAUAAUUCAUCGCUUUUCGUGCCUGUACGGCGUGUUGAGA